CAGCUAGCUAUUCCUCUAUCUCACAUUUCAGCUCUCUCACUCCUCACGAAUCAAACCUAUCCAAUCCCCAUUUUCUCUCUCUAGAAUCCAGACAUCCUCUCUUUACAUUAUUUCUCUCUUUCAAUUUGUUUCUUCUGAAUCAAACAUUUAAUCCAUCUAUCGAAACCCUAAUCGAUUGUCACUCUAAAGCACUUCGAUUUCGAAGCUUCUCUGAAACUUUCGAUCGAGUAGACAAAGUCAUGGACGCUGAUUCGUGGAGUGCUCGUCUAUCUUCCGCCUCAAAGCGUUAUCAGUCAGCUCUUCAAUCUCGAUCUGGUGAGCUCCAAAUUAUUCCUUUAUUGAUAUGCAUAGACAUGAUUGUACUUGGUCGAUCUAAUCGUAGUGAGGUUUUGAAUUUUGUAGAUAUGUUUAUGGCGUUUGAAGAGUUUGAUGGAGAUGAUGAUAUUAGGGAGGAGUUUCCUUGCCCGUUCUGUUCGGAUUAUUUUGAUAUCGUCGGAUUGUGUUGUCAUAUCGAUGAUGAGCAUCCUGUAGAGGCAAAGAAUGGAGUAUGUCCAGUUUGUUCAAUGAGAGUGGGGAUCGACAUGGUUGCCCAUAUAACACUGCAACAUGGAAAUAUUUUCAAGAUGCAGCGCAAAAGGAAAUCCCGUAAAGGUGGAUCCCAUUCAACGCUCUCUUUGUUGAGGAGGGAACUGCGAGAAGGGAAUUUGCAGUCCCUCUUUGGAGGGUCUUCCUGUAUAGUUUCUUCAACCAACGUGGCGCCUGAUCCAUUGUUGUCAUCAUUUAUUUUGCCUAUGGGUGAUGAUUUUGGAAGCGUUCAGCCUCAGUCUUCAGCUGAAACAAGCUCAGUCAAGAAAAGUUCAAAUGAGAAUGUUUCAGAAAGAACCACCCAGUCAUCUCCCUUUUCGAUCAAAGAUCAGGAGGAGAAGGCAAAGAGAAGUGAGUUUGUCCAUGGGCUGCUGUUGUCCACCAUUCUAGGUGAUGAUAACUUAUGAAGAACGGAUAUUGUGGAUGCUGCCUUUGUGGACGUCAAUUUCCGGCUACUAGCCUCCCGAUCAGUGUUUGUUUGUAGUGGCUAUGCCUAUGUAUUAAAGCAGUUGAAAUAAGUUAUAAUAAAUGUAAUUUUUCUUGCAUGUGGAAUUUAGUAGUUAUUGCCUAACCGAUUGUAUAUUCAGUUCAUGCUUAAUUUAAAAAGUAGUAGAUAAUAAACUAUUUCCAAUAUUGCA